UCCGGUUUUGUGAAAUCUUUGGCCUGAGCAUGUCAAAUGAAAUUAGUGCUUGGAUAGCAUUUCUGAGCUAACUUGUGUAAAUCAGCGAAACAGCUUGCUAUCUGCGUGUUCUCCUUCUUAUAUUUUUCGUGAGAUCAUGGCACUGUCAUCCAGUUCUGACAAGUAUGUCCUUGGCAUGGACUUGGGGACAACUUCAAUCAAGGUUGUACUGGUUGACACUCAGUCAAAGAAAGUAACGGACAGCUACACUCUGCCAACGAAGGCAGAUUCCAGCAACACAGUCGAACACGCUAAGGAACAGGAUCCCGAGCGAAUAAUAGACACUCUAAAUCAGUGCAUUGCUGCUUUACCAAGAGACAAACUCCGAAACGUCACCAAGAUUGGGGUGUCUGGACAAAUGCAUGGGGUCAUGUUUUGGAAAGCAAGAACAGGCUGCAGCUGGGGGAGAAGGGAUGCCGUUCACGUGUUCUGGCCCAGAGAGACGAGUCGACUGAUCACGUGGCAGGAUGGGCGAUGCAGCGGUGGCUUCCUGUCUUUGCUGCCACGGCCCGGUUCUCACCUCAGUGUGGCCACUGGCUUUGGCUGUGCCACCAUCUUCUGGCAUGUCAGGCACAGGUCUGAGUUUCUGGCCGAAUUUACUGCAGCAGGGACUAUUCAUGACUACGUGGUCGCUAUGCUGUGUGGCUUGGACAAGUGCCUCAUGUCCACCCAGAACGCUGCUAGCUGGGGAUACUUCAACACCAGCUCCCACCAAUGGAACUUGGACAUUCUGAAGGAUUCUGGCUUCCCUGUGCAUCUGCUCCCUGACCCAGUGAAGUCUGGUUGCUGUGCAGGGCUGACCUGCUCUGAGUGGCAUGGGAUCCCCUCACAGACCCCCGUGGGAGUGGCCCUGGGAGACUUCCAGUGUUCCGUGUACUCCUGCAUGGCCGACAGGACCAGCGCAGUCCUGAACAUCAGCACCUCUGCCCAGCUGACCUUUGCCAUGCCAGAUGGCUUUGAGCCCCCCGCCACCCCGGACCCCUACUCUCCUGUGUCCUACUUCCCUUAUUUCGAUGGCACUUACCUCGCCGUAGCAGCGUCGCUCAAUGGGGGCAACGUAAUGGCCACCUUUGUGGAAAUGCUGACUGCUUGGAUGAAAGAACUCGGAACGGACGUCGACGACGACAGCGCCCUCUACUCCCGGCUGAUCAAAGCUGCUUUAGAUCAGGAGAGCAGCGACCUGAAGGUGAGCCCGACGAUUUUCGGCGAGAGGCACAACACCGGCUGCCUGGGUCAGGUGUGCAACAUCUCCGCCUCCAACGUCUCGGCCGGUCAUGUGACCAGGGCGUUGUGUCGUGGAAUCAUAGACAACCUAGCCUCCAUGCUGCCCCCCGAGGCCCUCCUGCAGUCUGGGGUGAAGCAGAUAAUGGGAAGCGGGAGCGCUCUCUCCCGAAACGAGGUGCUUCGACAGGAAGCAGUGAGGGCCUUUCCCCUGCCCGUGCUGUUUGGUAAAGAUGUAGAUUCAGCGGUUGGUGCUGCCAUGAUCAUGAUUGACAGAAGCUGAAUCGUAGGUUUAACCCUUGUUCACCAAGAGAAACAUUUCUCCUGCAUCUGCUGUGCAUGUGAUGGUACUUUAGGAUCAAAAUCUGCUUACUGUUUAUCUUUUAUUUAAUUUGCACAUUCCUAUUAGCUUCGAGCCCAUAUCCUUAUAAUUUAUGGAUUGUUUUCUUUUGGCAAAGAAACAUACAGUAUGCCUUAAACCUGAAUUAAUCACACUCAGAGGCCUCAUUCACAAUGCUUUUCUUAAAGGAUAACACCGGUAAUUAAAAUUGUUUCAGUAUCGUCAACAUAUCCUAUGAAAAAACCAAAACUGAUCAUUUUUCUGUCCAACUCGUCCAUCUGGCCAAUGCCAAUAUAUAUAUAUAUAUAUAUAUAUAAGUCGUAGAACUCCAUUGUUCUUCAAAAAAGUAUUAAAACAAGUCAAAGAGACAUAAUGUCACUUUGGUGUGCAUAAUUCACCAUUACGAAGAACCUGGCCUUUUACUUUUCACUGACUCAUAAAGUGACAACGGUUACUUUUUCAAUAUGUGGCUUGUAGUUUGGUGCGGUACCAAAAUACAGAAAGUAAUCACCAUUGAAAUGAACUAUUUGCUUAGGAAGUAAGUUCCUAAGAAAAACCAACAUGGGAUUCAUGAAACAUGUGCAGACCCUCGAUUUUUCAACUAGGUGUUCCAAAUGAUGGUGAGCCAAGUAAUCCAAAAACAGCAAGGAUGCCAUUGCUGAGAGUAGAAUUAGACUACAUGCAUGUGGGUCUUCAUCAGUCACUUUUAUAAAUAAACAUAAUGAAUUAAAUGUAUGAUCAACAAGCUUAAUAUCGCAAACUAAAACUAAGAUGAACACUUGUUGGGAAAAACAUUGUCAUAAACUGAAAUAUUAAUAUAUGAUAAUAUUAAAUAAUAAUUGCAUUGAUAAAUAUUUUGUUGUCAGUAUGGCAUCUUACCUCCUUAAAAUGACUUUGCACAAAUAGUGAAUCAUUCUAAGUAGAAACAUCUGCUUAUAUGCCUUUAUGCAUGUUUCUAAACACAUGUACAUUCCAUCCAUCUAAACUGCUUAUUCCUGGUCAGACUUGUCCUGCCUCUCGAUCACAGCAAGCAGUGGGCGAGUGGCAGGAAUACACCCUGGACAGAUUGCUAAUCCAUCGCCAGGGCCCGCACACCAUUCACUCACACACUCAUCACUGUUUGGAGUCUCUGCAUUAGUUCUGCAUGUCUUUGUACUGUGGGAGGAAACUGGAGUACCCAGCGGAAACCCAAGCGGACCAAAUCUGAUCGUAAGCAUGUUUUGUGAGCGAGGCCCGUGUUAUAAAGUGACAAUACUAAACAGGUUUUCCAUUUUUGAAACAGCUUGCCAAGUUUUCCUACCUUUGUAAAUAGUUGUCACAAUUAGGCAUAUUUAUAAGCGCAUCAUGGCUGCUGUGUACAAGUUUGACAUUCAUUUGUGUCUACUUAGAAAUGUUAAGAUCCUGAGAACGGUGUAUGGCAGGAGUUUCUUUAAGGACCAGUGUAGUGUAACUCAGGUAAAGAUUCCAGGAAAUUUUGUCUAAAGGCAAAAAAUGAUUCUAUUGUUGCUUCUGACUGAUUGAGUUUAAAGAACCCUUAUGGGUGCUAAGUCUUGGUGGUGAAAAAGGUGAGUCUCUUCCCUGCAUUUUAAUGCACUGGAGAUUCUUGAAGAACAAGAUUGCUAUAUAGCUGCAUAAAAUAUACUCCUAUAUUCUGUGAGUGUUUGCUAUUGUAUUGAUGCUGUGGAAGGUUAAGAAUGUCAACAUUCCACUUUUUGUGUUCCAGUAAAUUAUGACAUUGUUUAUUAAUUAUUCAAUUUAAAAGUGUGAAUCAUAAGUUGCAUUAUCAUGUUUAUCAAGGGAGUAAUUGAAUCCUGCAUUUGCUUAAAAGGAUUUACCAUGACCCAGUGUGAUAAUAGCUUUGUGUAAAAUGUGCUUACUGUUUGUGAUUAAUAUUUUAUUCUGUAAUUAUUUUGAAGCCCACAUCUUCAAUCUUAUAAUUUAUGGUUAUGAGAAAUUAAACUUUUUUUUCAAUUCAA